AUCGGUCACCUCGCGAUGGUUUACGGCGGCGCGCGCGAGCGGACGACGCGCGCGAACGACAAGGGCGCGAAGCUCUGGGGGAUGCAUCGACGGUGGUUCGAGCGCGUCGCCGGCGCGGCGGUGCAUGGGAAGCGGGGGGUCUCGCGGCGUUUCUUCGCGGACGCGCCCAUCGCGAGGCGUCUUCCGGCGAGCGAGCGGAUCGACCUCACGGAGGCGAUGGACGAGGCGGUGUAUCGCGCCGGGGACGUGAUCAUCGCGCAAGGGGACGCCCCGGAUCGGUUCUAUCUGCUCGAGGUGGGCGCCGCGGUCGCGACGGUUCGCGUCCCGGGCGUCGAGAACGCGUUGCGGGUGGCGGAGUUUUCGCGGGGCAGUUACUUUGGCGAGCUCGAGCUCUUUUCGAAAAAGAAGCGGACGGCGACGGUGACGGCGACGACGUCGACUCGGUGCGCCGCGAUCGAGUGGCGUCGGUUCGCCCACCUCGCGCGCGAGGGCACGGAGUUACGACGACGG